GUGGCCGCUACAUGAUCCCGACCCGCCAGAAACAGUGCGGUCACGUGAUCCCCUCCUCCGCGUCAUCCGGGCACCUCGCUCUCGCUCUCUCUCACAGCUGAGCGGCCGCCUGUGGUGUUGUUGCGCUGGCUCCGCACCUGUCCCGCUGAGAUUUGCGCACCUCGCCUGUGGCCUUUCCACGUUAUAGUCGCGUUGCCAUGGUCACGCGGCCCGCAGGAUACCGCGACGUCACUUCCGCCCACGGGAUGCAUACAGAAUGCCGGACAGGAAGUGCGGCUGGCGUGGCUGCGGCGGGCGCUGGCGGGGAGACCGAAAGGAGGAGGGGGGUUAUAAUGGCAAACAUUGCACUAAAAUAUGAAAGCAAAUGUUUAAAACGCAAGAAAGAGAUGGAGAUCCUAGAUUCUGAAAUAAUACAGUGUUCUUCACCAACAAGCCAGCCCUCAGCUCCUUCUGACAGCUCUCCAGUUGGGGACAUAGAGGCUAUAAUGAAAGAUCUAAGCAAGGAAUUAAACCUUCUUUUUUGUAAUUACGCAAAGACACUGAGUGAAAGAGCAGCUGUGGAUGUACUGUAUGUGCAUGAAUUUGAUGAAAUACUUAAGGAUGCCAGAUCAUUGGAAAUGCAGUUAAAACAGAAGAUGGAAAGCCUUAAGAACAAUCUUACUAUGAUUGCAAAUAAUUUAUCUUUCUAAAGUACUGUAAUUUAAUGUUUUAAAAUACGUUUGUAAAAGCUGCUUGAUUGUGUACUGUCUGCACUGUUUAUAUUUUUUUUUCUGCACAAAUUAUGUAAAGUGUCUGUUGCUUAAAUGUUACAGUUUUAUAACAAAGUUGUUCUUCAAAUGUUAAAUAGAAGCUACUUAGAAUAGAGUUGUGUAUUUAAGAAACAUUUAGAAUUAAAUCAGUUCCCAGUCUGUCAAAAGUAACAA